UGUGGUUGGCGAGGCCGGGAGCGCGCGCAACGUCCGGGGCAGUCAUGUUUCCAGUGUUUCCGGAUCAGCGGAUGGAGGCGGACGGUACUUACGAGCAGGGCUUCGUGGGGAUCCGGUUCUGUCAGGAAUGCAACAACAUGUUGUAUCCUAAAGAAGACAAAGAGAAUCGGAUUCUCCUCUAUGCAAACGUCCUACUGCUAUUUCAAAGACAGAGAGAGGGGAAGUCUCUUCUGUGGUGGAGCAGUCUUUAUAGAGGACGGCAUCCGAGCAGCCUGGCCCAGCAUAGUAAGUGUCGGAACUGUGACUACCAGCAAGAGGCGGAUAACAGCUGUAUAUAUGUGAAUAAGAUUACACAUGAAGUAGAUGAACUGACUCAGAUCAUUGCAGAUGUGUCUCAAGACCCCACGCUGCCUCGGACAGAGGAUCAUCCCUGCGUAAAGUGUGGACACAAAGAAGCGGUGUUCUUCCAGUCUCAUAGUGCGCGAGCUGAGGAUGCCAUGAGGCUGUAUUAUGUUUGUACUGCACCUCACUGCGGUCAUCGCUGGACAGAGUGAUUUUUUUUUUUUAUUUUUUUUUCUGGAAGUUCAUUGUUUUGUUUUUUAGCUUUCUAUUUUUAAAUAAAUAAAUUUUUUACUUAA